AUGGCACACAACGCGAACUUGAAGAUUGUCUUUGGGGCAAUGACAUUCGGUAAACCGAACACUCUGGGUGCCCGUGUUCACGAGAAGGAAGACGCAGCUCUUAUUCUGGAUACCUUCCAAAGCCACGGAUACAAAGAAGUUGACACCGCCCGAAUAUACGGUACUGGUUCCUGCGAAGAAAUGCUUGGCUCCUUGUCAUGGCAAGAACGAGGGCUCGUCAUGGACACCAAGCUUUAUCCAAACUCGGAAGGAAAAUGGGAUCUCGAAGAUUCAUACACGCACAAGCCAGAGGAUAUCCGCCGGGGAGUGACAGCUAGCCUGAAAGCUCUGAAGAGCGAACAAGUUGACCUGUUCUAUCUGCAUGCGCCCGAUCGCAAAAACUCAUUCGAAGACACUCUCCGAGAAGUCAAUCGUCUCUACGAAGAAGGGCGGUUCAAGCGUCUCGGACUGAGCAACUUUAUGUCCUGGGAGGUUGCGCAGGUAUGCGAGAUCUGCAAGAAGAAUGGAUGGAUCAUGCCCUCGGUUUAUCAGGGAAUUUACCAUGCUCUUCAGCGGAGUAUCGAAGGUGAAUUGAUUCCCUGCCUUCGCAAGUACAACAUAUCGCUCUAUGCAUUCCAACCUUUGGCUGGAGGACUACUCACUGGUCGAUACAAACGCGAGCAAACCGAGUUUGAGGAGGGCUCUCGAUUCGAUCCAAAAAUCCUUCAAGGAACUGUCCACCGAAACCGGUACUGGAAUGAUGUUUAUUUCGACGCUAUUGAGCUCAUUCAUGCUGCUGCGACGAAGCAUGGGUUGACAGAUGGAGAAGUGGCGUUGAGGUGGCUGAAAUUUCAUUCUCAACUGAACGAAGAUUUACAGGAUGCCAUCCUUGUCGGUGCAAGCAGUGUCAAACACCUGGAGACAAAUUUAUCUGAUCUGGAGAAGACCUCUUUGCCAGAAGAAGUUGUCCAGGCUCUUGAAGAAGCUUGGCUGAUGGUGAAGGGAGUUGCGCCUAAGUAUUGGCAUUAG